CAGCCUAUUGCCGCGAUUGACAUGCUGCUUCCAACUUCUACCCCCACGCUUCCCAAUCUUCCUCUUUUCCUAUCGUCAUUCACAUCCUUUUGAAGUGGGUUUCAUAGCCUUUAUUUGCACCUUAUAAUUAUUGGCAUUAAUUUCUUGCAUCGGAAUAGCAGCCUAUCAUGGAAGCUCUUGGAUAUGAGGACGACGAAACUGCUGGCCGUGACAUCGGAUGUAUCAAUGACGCUGCUUAUACAUAUUGGAAUCACAUCGCCGACACCAUGCACACUCUAAAAAUUUGGUUAAGCGCGAUGUCACUCCUGAUAUGGUCCACGUCUACCGACGACUGGAGCUGGGCGCCCGGUAUACUAUGUCUAUAUGGCGCAACCACCUUUGAUUCAUUGCCAAUAUUAUGUGCCGGGAAGAACGGCGGUGGUGUGAAAGCCUUGAAUCCAGACACAUUACAAGAUGGCUACAGGCUGGUAUCAUUGGUUUCCCUCUUCUGUCUGGGAAUACUCUCACCGAUCAUGCCUAUAGUCACAAUUAUAGAGAUAAGGGGAGAAAAUCGAUCCUUCGCUAUUAUCUUGAGCAUUGUUUUACUUCUUCUCUCAUUGCUCAAUCUGGUUUUUGUCAUGGCAGGCUACUGGCGGCUUCGCAAUAUCGACGAAACGAAAUAGGAAGCCCGUGGUACCUGAUGAGUACCUUGAACAUAAUCUAGAGUUUGAAACGUUGUUGCAAUGGACGGAUGAUGCUCAGGAUGAUGAUGGGCCGCUGGCUAGAGCAUAUAGAGAACAGCUUUUACUGU